AUGGCCGUCAAGGACGCCGUAGAGGAUGAGCAGGAUCUAACGGCGUUGAGUGUCGACUUGCACUCUAUAACUGCAACUCUUAGCCAGAGGAAGGACACAAAAGGCUCACCAGUGACCACCAGACUGUUGACUUUGUUGACGUCAGAGAGACUGAUGCUGCGGGAGCUGCAGCUGGCGCCUGUCACGGUGUACCCACAGCGAGUGUCACGGGCAAUGGAAAUUCGCUUGUGUCUAUCGCGCAUCGAGUAUAUUGCUAUACGCGAAGUUAUUACCCGAGAGGAAGGUACGAGCUACUUUGUACUCGAUGUGUACCUUUAUCGCCAGCAAAAGGGUCUACCAUCUAGCCGUCGUAAGUUAUUUUCAAAUUCUUCCAAGCGGCUGGCAGAUUGUGAGCCACAAAACAGAAAACCUGAUUACCACAUUGAGCAACGCUACUCGAGCUUUGCAAGAUUGCGCUCGAACGUCUCGCACAGCGCACGUAAGCACCAUCCUCUCUGCAAGGCGUGCGCGUACUGCACAAGUGUGUUGGAUUUUUUGCAUAUGACGCCAUGUAAACCUAGUCUGAGGGUCAAAUUUACGACUACGACCGAAGAACGCAAAGCUAUACUCAGCUCAUUCAUCAAUGAGCUCGUUUACAAUGUGCGUGAAGACUACACGAGCUGUCCAAGGUCAUCAAGCGGCUUUCAUAUCAUACCUGCGAUAGUGAAGCGCUUUUUAUCGAAACAAACUGGCGAAACGUUCUUUUCAUAA